AUGGCCGCCGUGCUGAGCGAGCUGGCUGCGGGCAGCGCCGCCCCGCGGCCGCAGGGACCGGGAGCCGUGCUCCGACACCGGCCGCCCCGCUCCCGCCAUUCCGCCUGCCCUCAGCAGCGGAGCAGGAUGCAGGGCGGUGCGGCCGGCAGCGAGCCCCCCCCCUUCGGUCCGUCCAAGCGCUUCCCGGUGGCGGCGGUGGAUGCUAUCCUGAGGGAUGUGCUGGGGAGCUGCCUGCGGGAGCAGCCCUACGAGCCCGUGCGGUGCAGGGAGAUGGUGAAGGACAUCGCUGAGGUUAUUAAAGCGCGGGUAAAAGACCUGAUGAUACCCAGGUACAAGAUCGUUGUGGUGACACACAUUGGGCAGCUGAAGGAACCGAGCAUCCAGAUCGGAAGCAGGUGCCUGUGGGAUCCUGUGAGCGAUACGUUUUCAUCGUACGUGUUCAAGAACGCUUCACUUUUUGCUCUUGCAACUGUCUAUGCUGUUUAUUUUGAAUAAGGUAGAGUUUAAC